AUGAUAGAUGCUAUUGGAGAUGUUGAGGAUGUUGAUUGUGUUUGUGAUAUUGAUGAUGUUGAUGGUGUUUGUGAUAGUGAGGAUGUUGAUGAUGUUUGUGAUGGUGAGGAUAUUGAUGAUGUUUGUGAUAUUGAUGAUGCUGAUGGUGUUUGUGAUAUUGAUGAUGCUGAUGGUGUUUGUGAUAUUGAUGAUGCUGAUGGUGUUUGUGAUAUUGAUGAUGUUGAUGGUGUUUGUGAUGGUGAGGAUGUUGAUGAUGUUUGUGAUAUUGAUGAUGUUGAUGAUGUUUGUGAUAUUGAUGAUGCUGAUGGUGUUUGUCAUAGUGAGGAUGUUGUUGGUGUUUGUGAUAGUGAGGAUGUUGAUGGUGUUUGUGAUAGUGAGGAUGUUGAUGAUGUUUGUGAUAUUGAUGAUGCUGAUGGUGUUUGUGAUAUUGAUGAUGUUGAUGGUGUUUGUGAUAGUGAGGAUGUUGAUGGUGUUUCUGAUAUUGAUGAUGCUGAUGGUGUUUGUGAUAGUGAGGAUGUUGAUGAUGUUUGUGAUAUUGAUGAUGCUGAUGGUGUUUGUGAUAGUGAGGAUGUUGGUGGUGUUUGUCAUAGUGAGGAUGUUGGUGUUUGUGAUAGUGAGGAUGUUGAUGGUGUUUGUGAUAUUGGUGAUGCUGAUGGUGUUUGUCAUAGUGAGGAUGUUUGUGUUUGUGAUGGUGAGGAUGUUAGUGAUGUUUGUGAUAGUGAAGAUGUUGGUGGCGUUUGUGAUGGUGAGGAUGUUGAUGAUGUUUGUGAUAUUGAUGAUGCUGAUGGUGUUUGUGAUAUUGAUGAUGCUGAUGGUGUUUGUGAUGGUGAGGAUGUUGAUGGUGUUUGUGAUAGUGAGGAUGUUGGUGGUAUUUGUGAUGGUGAGGUUGUUGAUGUUUGUGAUGGUGAGGAUUUUGAUGGUGUUUGUGAUGGUGAGGAUGUUGGUGAUGUUUGUGAUGGUGAGGAUGUUGGUGAUAUUUGUGAUAGUGAUGAUGUUGGUGAUGUUUGUGAUGGUGAGGAUGUUGAUGGUGUUUGUGAUAUUGAUGAUGUUGAUGGUGUUUGUGAUAUUGAUGAUGUUGAUGGUGUUUGUGAUAUUGAUGAUGCUGAUGGUGUUUGUGAUAGUGAAGAUGUUGAUUGUGUUUGUGAUAUUGAUGAUGCUGAUGGUGUUUGUGAUAGUGAGGAUGUUGUUGAUGUUUGUGAUAUUGAUGAUGUUGAUGGUGUUUGUGAUAGUGAGGAUGUUGAUGGUGUUUGUGAUAGUGAGGAUGUUGAUGGUGUUUGUUAUAGUGAGGAUGUUGAUGGUGUUUGUGAUAGUGAGGAUGUUGUUGAUGUUUGUGAUAUUGAUGAUAUUGAUGGUGUUUGUCAUAGUGAGGAUGUUGAUGGUGUUUGUCAUAGUGAGGAUGUUGAUGGUGUUUGUGAUGGUGAGGAUGUUGAUGGUGUUUGUGAUAGUGAGGAUGUUGAUGUUUGUCAUAGUGAGGAUGUUGGUGAUGUUUGUGAUAUUGAUGAUGCUUAUGAUGUUUGUGAUGGUGAGGAUGUUGAUGGUGUUUGUGAUAUUAAUGAUGCUGAUGGUGUUUGUGAUGGUGAGGAUGUUGGUGAUGUUUGUGAUAUUGAUGAUGCUGAUGAUGUUUGUGAUGGUGAGGAUGUUGAUGGUGUUUGUGAUAUUAAUGAUGCUGUUGGUGUUUGUCAUAGUGAGGAUGUUGAUGAUGUUUGUGAUAUUGUAAUGCUGAUGGUGUUUGUGCUAUUGAUGAUGCUGAUGAUGUUUGUGAUAUUGAUGAUGCUGAUGAUGUUGGUGAUGUUUGUGAUGGUGAGGAUGUUGGUGAUGUUUGUGAUGGAUUUUGAUGGUGUUUGUGAUGGUGAGGAUGUUGGUGAUGUUUGUGAUGGUGAGGAUGUUGGUGAUAUUUGUGAUAGUGAUGAUGUUGGUGAUGUUUGUGCUGGUGAGGAUGUUGAUGGUGUUUGUGAUAUUGAUGAUGUUGAUGGUGUUUGUGAUAUUGAUGAUGUUGAUGGUGUUUGUGAUGGUGAGGAUGUUGGUGAUGUUUGUGAUAGUGAAGAUGCUGAUGGUGUUUGUGAUGGUGAGGAUGUUGAUGGUGUUUGUGAUAGUGAGGAUGAUGAUGGUGUUUGUGAUAGUGAGGAUGUUGAUGGUGUUUGUGAUAGUGAGGAUGUUGAUGGUGUUUGUGAUAGUGAGGAUGAUGAUGGUGUUUGUGAUAGUGAGGAUGAUGAUGGUGUUUGUGAUGGUGAGGAUGAUGAUGGUGUUUGUGAUAGUGAGGAUGUUAUGGUGUUUGUGAUAGUGAUGAUGCGAGUCACAGAAGGAUACGAGGGCAAAUCAAAAAGUUUUGCAAGUAAUGGGCUUCCAUAG